UAGGAUCAGCCAACCAAAAACCCAUCGGACGGUUAGAAAUCGAAUUCGAACUUUUUCAAUACCCUUCACCCACUCUCACUCAAGCAUCCUUAAUUCCACUCCCCCUUUCAAUAUCGCCACCCCUUAUCCCUCUCCCCCCUCUCGCAAACUCUCCAAUGGCCAAUGUCCUCCGAACUUCACCUUUCUCGGCGCCAUUUGCAGCGCCGCCAUCCGCCGCAUCGCCCAACUCUAGAAAACCGUCGUACGUUUCGCUUCGGCGAAGUCAAACCAGCAGCAGCAGCACGCCUUAUCUCACUAUAAGCUCCCUCCGGUUCUCUCACUUGCCGUCCCUCCGGCUCGUCAAGUUCGCGCCUUUGGCUUCACAGGGUGAGGCCGAGACGGCUGGGACGGUGGAGGAGGAGGUUCAGGAGGCCGAAGAAGUCGAGGACUCUUUGGAUGGUGCAAUUCCUGUGGAAGAUAGUACCAGUGACGGUGAAGAAGUGACGAGUGAUGAUGGUGAAGGUGAUGCUGAGGAAAAAUCUGUUUCAGCCAUCACAGCGUCACUCCAACAAUACAAAGAAGCUUUAGCCAGUAAUGAUGAAUCAAAAGUUGCUGAAAUAGAAUCUUUCCUAAAAUCUUUUGAAGAUGAGAAAAUAGGACUUGAAAUGAAAGUGGCUUCUUUGUCCGAAGAACUGUCAGCAGAGAAGGUUCGUAUUCUGAGAAUAAGUGCGGAUUUUGACAAUUUCCGGAAAAGGACAGAAAGGGAACGCAUUUCUCUGGUAACAAAUGCUCAGGGGGAAGUUGUGGAGAGUUUGUUGCCUGUAGUGGAUAAUUUUGAGAGGGCUAAAACCCAGAUUAAGGUGGAGACAGAGGGAGAGGAGAAGAUCAACAAUAGCUAUCAGAGCAUUUAUAAACAGUUCGGAGAGAUUUUAAACUCUCUUGGUGUUGUUCCUGUUGAGACGGUGGGGAAGCCCUUUGAUCCAUUGUUGCAUGAAGCGAUUAUGCGUGAGGACUCUUCAGAAUACGAAGAAGGUGUUAUAAUCGAUGAAUUUCGCAAGGGGUUUAAGCUUGGUGACAGGCUUUUGCGUCCGUCAAUGGUAAAGGUAUCGGCUGGUCCAGGGCCUGCCAAGGUAGAGCAGGAAGUACCUCCAUCUGAGGAACAGGAAGCAAGUGAAACCGCCGAGAAGGGAACCGAGUCAGCUUAAAGACCACGUAUUGAGUCUAGUUCAGUUUUGGAACAGAAAUAGUAACUUCAUUUGUACUUCAAUCAGUAGGGUAGUAAUUUUUGGUGGGCGUGGCGGUUUCUGGUGGCAUAUUACUGUCGGUUUUCUUUUCUACUGAGCGAACCAUCACGUACCGAUGUCAUAUAUUUGUGUGUUUUGAAUGCGAGCGCAUGAUAACUUUUGUGUACUGAUUUGGACGUCAUUGAAUGUUUAAGUUCCUACCAUAUUAUCAAAGUAUCAGUUGGAGUUCUGUUU